ACUUACAGCUGUGACUUGUGUGGAAAGUCUUUUACCGAGGCUGGAAGCUUAAAAAGACACCAACUCAUCCACAGUGGAGUUAAACCUUACAGCUGUGACUUGUGUGGAAAGUCUUUUACCGAGGCUGGAAGCUUAAAAAAACACCAACUCAUCCACAGUGGAGUUAAACCUUACAGCUGUGACUUGUGUGGAAAGUCUUUUACCGAGGGUGGAAACUUAAAAAAACACCAACUCAUCCACAGUGGAGUUAAACCUUACAGCUGUGAUGAGUGUGGGAAGGAUUUUACCCGGACUGGACACUUAAAAAGUCACCAACUCAUCCACAGUGGAGUUAAACCUUACAGCUGUGACUUGUGUGGAAAGUCUUUUACCGAGGCUGGAAGCUUAAAAAAACACCAACUCAUCCACAGUGGAGUUAAACCUUACAGCUGUGAGUUGUGUGGAAAGUCUUUUACCGAGGGUGGAAACUUAAAAAAACACCAACUCAUCCACAGUGGAGUUAAACCUUACAGCUGUGAGUUGUGUGGAAAGUCUUUUACCGAGGGUGGAAACUUAAAAAAACACCAUAUCAUCCACAGUGGAUUUAAAGCACACAGCUGUGAGUUGUGUGGUAAAGCUUUUGCUCAAAAUAGCAGCUUACAGAGGCAUCUAGUUACCCACUCUGGAAUUAAGGUGUACAGCUGCGACUUUUGUGGAAAAAGUUUCAGCGACAAACACUACCGAAAUAUUCAUCUGCGGAUUCGCACUGGAAUUGAUGUUUCCUGCUGUGAUCAGUGUGGGAAACUGUUUACAACAGGUGCACAGUUAAAAAUACACAUGUUUAGCCACACUGAGGAGAGACCUUAUAAAUGUGACCUGUGUGAGAAGACUUUUAAAGCUCCAAAUCAGCUGAAAAAACACCAACAGAUCCACACCAGAAAGUAACUCUAGAAGUGCAGUUACUGUGAGGAUGUAUUUAUUUUUAUCUUGUAAUUUUAACCUGAUUGUUUGGAACAAGUCUGAUCAGUAAACUUUUGGAGUUAUACUGAAUGAACUGUUUGGAAAAAUGAAGAAGUAACCUGAGUGUUAUAAUAUAAACAGUAAAAUUUAAUUGGACAUUGGCAGAGAUGCUUUUUAUUUCAGGAUAAAAACGUUGAAGGAAUUCCCUGAUUUGCAAUGUCUUUGUUUAGAAGCGGAGCGACGCAGAUGGAUCCAUUUCUCAACCCUGUCGUCACUGUGGUGGUGGGAAAGAGUUUCUCUUUGACCUUUGUGGAAAAACCUUCAAUCAUGAACGGGACCUAAAACCACAUCAACGUAGACACACUGGAGACAAAAUGAACUACUGCAAAGAAUGUGGGAGAGGCUUCCACACACCAAGUACAUUAAAAAUACAUGACCUCUUCCACAGUGUGGUCAAAAAGCACAUCUGUG